AUGGCAUCGUCGAGACGACUUCAGAAGGAACUAUCUGAUUUGAAGUCGUGCGGUGUGAAAGCCUACGAGAGCGUGGAAUACAACGAGUCCAAUCUUCUUCAUUGGACCGUGCUUCUUGUACCUGAUAAGGAACCAUACAACAAAGGAGCCUUCAAAGUGAACAUCGAUUUCCCCGCUGAUUACCCUUUCAAGCCUCCGAAGAUCACACUUGCUACUAAAAUUUAUCAUCCCAAUAUCGAUGACAAAGGGCAGGUUUGUCUUCCCAUCGUAGACCCCAAUAAUUGGAAGCCAGCCACACGAACAGAACAAGUGAUGAUGGCUCUACUAGCUCUAAUCCAGGAACCUGAACCUGACCAUCCACUUCGGGCCGAUCUAGCCGAAGAAUUCAGCAAGGAUCGUAAGAAGUUCAACAAAACGGCAGAGGAAUUCACGAAGAAACAUGCAGAGAAACGACCUGAAUAG